AUGCCGCUCACCCGUUCACAAUUACGCCGGCUUUCCAUCGAGCAAAAGAAUAGCAAAGAGGAUUCAAACGAGUCGAAACAAGGAUCGACCGAUCAGGAAGCUACAACGACAGAUCUCGUAGCCAAGCAGCCAAAUCAGCGCAGCAGAAAGUCCACAAGAAAGACAUCAACGAGAACCACACCUCGGGUUGUAGCUGCUGAGAAAGCAGAGGAACAAGACGAUAAUGAGAAGGAGCAACUGGUUGACAGCGAUGAUGAUGAUGAUGAUGAUGAUAUGGAGGAACACCAAGAAAUCGACACUGCCCAUGACAACCAAUCAACGGAUGAAGAAGAUGACAAUGAAUCUGAAGAGGACGAAGGGGAUGAUGACUCUGAAGACGAUGAUGAUGAUUCUGAAGGCGACGAUGAUAGCGAAGACGACUCUUCCGAUGAUGAUGAUUUGGAUGAAUUGCUUAAUAAGGCACAAAAAGCUCUUGAUUUACAACAGCAACCCGAACACACAAAGGAAACGGAUGAGAAAUCGAAGAAGAUUAGACUACCAAAGUUGGAGAGUGGCAUCAACAUGCGAGAGCAUUUAUAUAUCAAGCGUGAUGGUGCUGCAGGCGCUGCACGACUAAAGAACGAUACAGUGGCUAUUGAGGAUGAGGAUGAAACAAGCGCCACUAAGCGAUCGAUUGAAGUUGUCAAAGCAUCCAAGGAAAAGGCAAAGCCAUUGAGCAGGAAAGAACGGCAAAUGGAACGGGAAAAGACCACUGGUAAAGGAUGGUUUGAUAUGCCCAAGCCAGAGAUGACACCAGAGUUACAACGUGAUCUCCAAGUACUCAAGAUGCGUCAUGUGAUUGAUCCUAAGCGACAUUACAGAAAGAUGGGCAAGAAGGAGGAUUUCAAAUAUUUCCAAAUGGGCACAGUUGUUGAAGGCGCUACUGAAUUCUUCUCAUCACGAUUGACACGCAAAGAACGAAAGCGCACCAUUGUGGAUGAACUUUUAGCAGAUGACAAGGCACGAACAUACCACAAGCGUAAGCACUUGGAAGCAUUCUCACGAGGAAAGGAUGGACGAAAGAAGGCAAAACGACAAAUGAAGCAGCUAUCACGAUCAUAG